UAUUGGUUUGAGAAGAUAAAAACGUUUUUAUGCUCAUUUUAACAUGCUGCCAAUAAAAUCUUGCUCUAUUUUAUUACCGUGCUGCACGUUUUUUGCUCCAGUGAUUCUAGCCGGCGAGUAUUUGCGUUUAUUGUCAAAAAACAAAAUACUUCAAUUUUUAAACAUCUUUACACGCUGACUGCUUUUGAAAUCAUAUUAAUACCUGUGUAUCUGCUAGUUUAUCCUGAAAUAAUCUAUAUAUCUUUUUUAUUUGAUGUUAAAUCCUUCCCUAUUAAAAAUAGCAUUUUAUUGUUAAUCCAGCCUUGACUAGACAAAGACAAUACGGCUUUACUAGUCAAUGUUGUAUUUUAAAAAUGCAACCAUCAAACCAAAUGAACGCGCCUCAAAAAGGAAAGGCCCGAUUUGACAUCGGACAUUUGUCACCUCGGAAUUUGACGUACAAAAGCGCUUCAAAGUCGGCGCAGAGGCGGGAACGACCUUUGAUGUCCUGCGAUGCCCUUAGUGACGUCAUGAUCAGCAGUUCUGAUUGGCUGAAAAUUUACGGAUUAUCAGCCAAUAAGCUUUCACUGGAGCAUAUUUUACCUUUCAACGGGUUCAAACACAGUACGAGCUACGAUGAUGGCGUGAAGAAAAACGUUUCGUCCAAAUAUGGCGAGGGUUAUUUCGACCAGUACAUGCAAAAAGAUGGAAAAGUUUUCAACUUAAUUGCAGAUACCCAAAAGUUGCAACAAUUUAUCCAGCAACUCAAUGCGGCAAUUCGUGUUUACAAAAACCGAAUGGAAUGGCUAACUUCGGGAUCCCGGAAAUUUUUCGGGGUCCUUCAUGAAAAAUGCGUUUCGAUCAUUAUAAACGUUCACACUUAUGAUGAUAUAAGAUACGAUCAAUAUGUCAAAGCUUUGGAGGAACUUCUGAAUGAUCAGAUUGCGAAAAUCGAGAAGUUUAAUUUGAUUAAAGUCGGCCAAGAUGUCGAGUGUUUUAAAGAGUGUUUCGUAGACGUCAACAAUUCAUCGAUCAAUGAGGCGCUCCAGUGGGUUAAAAAUAUGGACAGAUAUUCUCUGAACACUAAUACGUGUGUAGUUGAAGGAGUAGCGAAGGCGUUCAGUUUGGCACAGCCGCCGAACCUAAAAUAUGGCGUGUACCUGUUUACUGAAAAUGGAGCCACAGACGGUACCAGGGAGAUCCUCAAAUCCAGGGUCACCUUAAUUGGGAAGCCACUACACACAGUGGCCUACAACAGCACAGACAGAGACACAGUGUCUUUUCUGAGGGAAUUGAGUGGGUGUGUAAAGGGGGGCAGAUUCCACGCCUACUCCGUCACUGAGACGGAUGUCGACUCUUUGACGGGGGAGAUCAGUUAUUACGGGGGCACUCCGCCCGGCGCCGGUAUGCCAGAUGAACUGAUGCUAAUUUGGACGGAGCUUGAAAACGCACGAGACAUCGUAGACCAACUAGAACACAUCAUCAAAACAACCGAAAAAAGAAAACUGUCUCGCAAAACCGAAUCAGUAAAAUCAUCAGGCACUGACUCUGGAUUCGGAUCAUUGGGUCAAAGCUUGAGUUCUCUUGGAUCCCUAACAUCGGCGAGAUCCGAGAAGGAACCGAAGCCCCGGUAUGCAGACAUGCAAUACAUGGAUUCCAAGACUUGGUUAUUGCAAAAUGGAAUCCGCAAUAGGGGUCUGGAAUUUUACACGUUCCUUGGAGGAGUGGCAUUUAGACACUGUGACGGGGUGGUGCCUAAUCUGGACCAUAGCCAAAGUGACAAAGAAAAUAAGAGAGCCAUGACAAGCGUCGAUUCGAAGAAACUGAUCAACGCCAAGUACUGUGAGAACUUCGUGCAUGUGUUGUGGAAAGAUGGGCGAGUAAGACACGUGCAAGUGACGGGAAAGAUGUUCAGAGACUACGAGACUCGAAUGAACUCGACACUGAGACAGAUCUCCAAUAGGAUCUCGUGGCUGUGCCAAGGCAGUCGGGAACUGUUCGGAACUGUCUGUGAAAACAAAGUGUACAUUUUGGUGGACACCAGUGCCUCCAUGGAGUCCAGACUGCUGAUGGUAAAGGAGAAGUUGUUCCAGCUGAAACAGGAACAACUCAGACACAAGGUCAUGUUCAACAUAGUAGCAUUCGACAGUCAUGUCAAGGCAUGGAGAGACGCACUGGUUGAUGUCAGCGAGGAGAAUCUCAGACAGGCAUGGGACUGGGUCAGGGAUAUUGAAACCGGGGGUUCUACAAACACUCUGGGAGCCGUGAAGGUAGCUCUGAGCGACAAAAACACGGAAGCCGUUUACCUUUUAUCCGACGGAAGACCAGACCAACUUCCCAAAUCCAUUUAUGCACAAGCAUGUAUGCACCCUCGAAUUCCAAUUCACACAAUCUCAUUCAACUGCCACGACAAAGAUGCCAACGAGUUCCUGAAGGAAUUGGCAAACAUCAGUGGAGGAAGGUUCCAUAUCUUCUAUGAUUCCAGGACUCCUGCCGACGUUCCUAGGGGAUUCCAAAGUGAGGAUCUAACUCUUCUCCGCCAAGAACUUGACAAGGGCAAACAGAGUCUGAAGCUAGUGGCCAAACUUAGAGCCGAGUGUGCGACGAUGGAGUGGGUGAAACCCGAGAUGCAGUCGGAUGGCCGAGUAGAGAGGGGAGUCACGACUAGCAGGACUCCGAGGACUACACGAGAGAUGAGUUCGGGAUCCUCUAUCGGCAGUAUGAGUCAUAGAGGGACUCCUCGUAAGUUCAAGGUCAUUGACCCCGAGCAUGAAAUGACGAGAUCCCUUGAACACGACUCGCCACGGCUGGACUUAAUGAGAAAGACCCUUCAGACAAUGAAACAAUAUUCCUCUGAAAAUGCCUCCUCAAUAAAUUCGGCCAGGUCAACAACUCAAUCUUUGGAAUCAGAAUUCGAGAUUCCAGGUAGUAGUAAAGCUAAUUGGAUAUUGGAAGAAACACAGAAGAUGUUCGAACGGCAGAAGGUCAGAAGAGACGAAGCGCUCAAAUUAGCCGACAAUGUUUUGACUCAAGCGCAAAACAAAAAACUUAUGCAGAAGACGCCAAGAAGUGUUUAUCAAGACGAAACUGAAGAAUCGUUGAGAGACUGGUUAAAGUCUAAUAGCUUAGUGGCCAAAAGACUAACAAUUAUAGACGCCCUUUCAAAGACGCUCAUAACACAAAAACCAAUGUUCGUACCUUCAAUCGAUAAAGUAGUUUUGUCAAAAGUAUUUGACGAAAUUUUGCCAAUUUCUUACGCCACAACUCGUCAAAAAAACGAGAUUCACCUCGUAAAUCCUGCCGCCGUUGAUUUGAAGUCUUACGAAUCACGACUGACUGAAAUGAUUCAGACAUAUUACCGCAAACUGGAUUUCCAUAUAUGGCAAAGAUUGCCUUAUAUGGAAAAACAGGGUUAUAGUAACAUCCCGCCCAAUUGGGAAACAGACCGAGGUGCUAUUUUGGAGUCGUUGCAACGAUGUAAUUGGCCAGUAACGAGACAAGAGUUACAACUCAUUGACGACGAAAUUGAGCUUGGGAAGAAAUUUCUCCAGCAGUCGAUUGAUUUACGACUCUGUACUCGAAACGCACAAAACUCACCCGAAAUCAAGUCGGCGAGGCACGAGUUCAAAUCUUCGCCACGUUCAAAGUCUAGAAGGCUUCAGCGAGCGCAGUCGGCACGAAGACCGGUUUCGGACUUGCAAAAACAACGUCGAGAGGAAAUUUCCACGAAAGUUGAGCUUUCACAGGAUGAAAUUAAUUUAGUUAACAUGUACCGAGAAAAGAUCCGUAGCAACGGGUCCCUUCGCGCGAACAAACCUCAAAAAAUAACAGCAGAAGAUAGAAGUCCAAAAGUUAGACGAAAAAUCCAACCAAACCGACGCGAAGAACCGGUUGCCAGAAGUGCUCCAAAGUUCGGUGAAAACGACAGCGCGCAAACUAGUUCCAAGCUAUCUUUGGAAGGCUCCGAGUCUUACACAGCUUCUUAUUACAGCAACAAUUGGCCAAAGGAAGCGGAAAUCAAGAUCCGGCAACCUGAAACAGGUCAAGUCAGCGGCGCCCGAAAAUCGAGCGCCGAACAACCUUUUGAAAAAUCGACUCAAGAAACUGUGACCGAAAAAGAAGAUAAUAAAAGAGAGCUGCUUCAAAAUAUAAUUUCCGAGGCAGGGCAAGGUCGACAAAACUCGGAUUAUCGGGAAAUAUCCGAGGAGACUGCUCGGAGAGCGCCGAACGGCGAAAAGAGUCUGGUUUCUAGUUCGGCUUUUGCCGAUGGAACUGGUUAUUUAGACGAAGAUGAUGAAGAAAAUGAGAGCAAGAAGAGUUUUUUCUAGCCAUUAUUGGACUUUAACUUUCACUAACAAGCUUUAUUUUGUCAGAUAUUUUUUUGAAUGAUUUUAGAUAAAUUGCUCAAAGAAUUUCAUUUGGAGAACCAUCAUUUCGAAAAAAAAAUUGGUUAAAAGAA